CCUAAUUAACGCCUCAGAAGUUCAGAACCCUCAAAAUUUUCCAUAUUUAUAUCCGACCUCUCUAGUCCUUGCCCCAUCAAAAUUACCACCUUGUAGCCAGUAACACGCUCUACCCUUGCCCGGACCGUAUUUCCUACAAUAAAAUCCACCAUCAACCACCAUGGGAUCCGCCACCGAUACCACCGGAACGUCCUCCUCAUCCACCACCAUCGUCUCCCCUUCCAUCCUCAAAAAAAUCAUCCUCUCUUACACCUACGUAGCCAUAUGGAUCUUCCUUUCCUUCACCGUGAUAGUCUACAACAAAUUCAUCCUUGACAAAAAGCUCUACAACUGGCCUUACCCCAUCUCCCUAACACUCACCCACAUGGGCUUUUGUUCCUCAGUAGCUUUCCUCCUCGUCCGCGUCCUCCAUGUCGUCGACCUCCCUUCUUCUAUGACACCGCGUCUCUACCUCUCCUCCGUUGUCCCCAUCGGCGCCCUGUACUCCCUCUCCCUUUGGCUCUCCAACUCCGCCUACAUCUAUCUCUCCGUUUCCUUCAUCCAAAUGCUCAAAGCCCUCAUGCCGGUCGCCGUUUACUCCAUCGGCGUUCUCUUUCGUAAAGAUGCUUUCAAGUCUUCCACCAUGAUUAACAUGCUCGCUAUUUCCUUUGGUGUCGCCAUCGCUGCUUAUGGAGAAGCCAAAUUCGAUACCUGGGGUGUUUUGUUACAGCUAGGAGCUGUUGCUUUUGAAGCCACGAGGCUGGUUUUGAUCCAAAUACUCCUCACUUCAAAAGGAAUCAACCUCAACCCGCUUACUUCCCUUUAUUACGUCGCUCCUUGUUGUUUCGUUUUCUUGCUUCUUCCCUGGAUCUCUGUGGAACUACCUUUACUUAAAGAAAACUCAACUUUCCAUUUCGAUUACUUCGUCUUCGGGACCAACUCCUCCUGCGCUUUCGCGUUGAACCUGGCGGUGUUUCUGUUGGUCGGGAAGACGUCAGCGUUGACCAUGAAUGUCGCUGGCGUCGUGAAAGACUGGUUGCUGAUAGCUUUUUCGUGGUCGGUGAUCAAAGACACGGUGACCGUUGUUAAUUUGUUUGGUUACGGGUUGGCAUUUUUGGGCGUUGCUUAUUAUAAUCAUUUGAAGUUGAAAGCGCUUGGAGAGAAGGAAGCGGCAGAGAGGAAGGAUGAAGAGGGUGAAGAUGAAGAAGGUGGGGGAUUGUUGGAUCAAAAAGAAAGGGAUGAAACUACCAGAAAAAAUGAAUCAGAGGGUUAAUUUUUGUUAACUUUUAGUUUGUAGAGGUGGUUUAGUUUCUUUUCUCUGCUUGCUCUGUUUAUGGUAGAGUUAUAUUGUCAAUGGCG